AGUCGCACAGCUGCCUGGUAGGUGACGGGAGGUAUUUUGUGGUCAUUGCCGGGAUUUCACUGAUGUGGCCCCAACACUGCCUCCCUCCCCACCCCACGAUGUUGGAAGAAACUUGACAAAGUAAACAGGCCACAGCCAAGAAAAAGAUUCAGGACAUUCUGAAGGUGCUGGUGUUCAUCCUUAACCAUUCCAAUGGGGUAGCGCUCUCCCAUUGGACAAAUGCAAGGGGAAGCAGUGCUGAGACACCUCUCUGGCUUGUUCUCUCCAGCUGUGCAUGCCCCUGAGGCUUCUCUGCUUUGGGGGAUACUUUGGUUUAUUUUAUGUUGCUGCCAUUAACCUUCAGCCUGUUUAUGUCUGCUUCUUCACCUGCUCGAUUGAGUUUUUUUCUUCCCUGCAUCUUUUACCAUCUUGGAGAAGUCCUCAAGCCGCUGUGAAGCAGUCCUCGAGCAGCAGUUAUAGCAGUCCAUAAAGGCGCGGGCACAGCUGGAAGCACACAUGACACAGAUAAUGGAAUCACUUAAACAAGCCCAGCUAGAGAGAGAUGAAUAUGCUCAACAUCUAAAAGGAGAGAUGGCCCAGUGGCAGCAGAGGGUAUGGAAAAUGUCAGAGGAGGUUUGCACAUCGAAGGAGAAGAAACAUGACACACAUCGGGUACAGGAGCUGGAGGGGAGCUUGGCUGAACUCAUAAACUAGAUGGGUAAAACCCCACCCCCGGAGCCCCCAGCAGGGCCCUCUGUGGUGGAACAGCAGCUACAAGCUGAGGCCGAGCACGUGAGGAAGGAGCUGGAGAGUCUGGCAGGACAGCUCCAGGCUCAGGUGCAAAACAGUCAAGGCUUGAGUCACCUGAACUGGGAGCGGGAGGAGAGGCUGCGGGAGUGGGAGGAGAGGCUGCUGGAGCUGGAGAAGAAAGCCAGGCUCUGGGAGGAGCAGGCAGAGACACGCAUGCAAACCUUUCAGAAUCGCACCACCGUCAACUGCGCACUCUCUCAGAACCAAGAGCUCCAUGAGCAGCUGGCUGAGCCACAGAGCAGCUUUGAGGAGCUGAACAACCAGAAUAAGAGUGCACUGCAGUUGGAGCAGCAAGUAAAGGAGCUGCAGGAGAAGCUGAGCAAGCUGAAGGAGAGGGUGAAGUUGAAGAACCAAGAGGCUCAGAGUCUGCAGCAGCAGGGAGACCAGUUCCUGGGUCACCUGCGGCAGUAUGUGGCUGCCUGUCAGCAGCUGGUCUCUGAGAAGGAGGCGCUGCGCAGGCAGUUACUGCUGCAGACCCAGCUCAUGGACCAGCUGCAGCAGCAUGAAGCUCAGGGCAAAGUGGUGGCUGAGAUGGCCCGCCGAAAGUUGCAGGAGACCCAGGAGCGCCUGGAAGCUAUCAGCCAGCAGAACCAGCAGCUUCAGGCCCAGUUGAGCCUCAUGGCACUCCCUGGGCAAGGUACAGGAGACCGCUCAGAGGAAGAGGAGAGAGAAGAGGAGGUGCCUCGGCCCAUGCUGAGCAUCCUGGAGGACCUGGAGAGCCGGGAGGCCAUGGUGGCAUUUUUCAACUCCGCUGGAGCCAGUGCCCAGGAGAAACAGGCACGGCUAUGUGGGCAGCUGAAGGAGCAAAGGGUGUGGUGCCAGUGCCUCACUCACCUUGUGGCCUUGGCCCAGAAGGAGCCCAAGGCAGUGGCCCCAGCCCCAGGGACUGAGGGUGAGUCUGUGUGUGGGCAGACCCACCAGGCCCUGCAGGGGGCCAUGGAGAAGCUGCAGAGUGGCUUUAUGGACCUCCUGAAGGAGAAAGCGGACGUGAAGGAGCGGGUGGAGAAAUUAGAGCUUCGAUUCAUCCAUCUAGCGGGAAAGACAGACACCAUCAGAAAGUACAUCACAACAUAGGAGAGCCAGAGGGCAGUGCCAAAGAUGCAGCACCAGGAGGGGGACAUCAUCAGGCUGGCCCAGGACAAGGAGGAGAUGAAGGUGAAACUGCUGGAGCUGCAGGAUCUGGUGUUGCGGCUUGGCGGCAACCACAACGAGGGGCAUGGCAAAUUCCUGGCCGCUGCCCAGAACCCUGCUGAUGAUUGCGCUCCAGGUGCCCAAGCCCCCCGGAGCCUGGGGCUGCUGACAAGCAGCGGGGUGAGUAGAGCUGACAGCCUGGAGCCUGCACCAGGAGUGGCCAGGGAGGUUUGUCCCCACGACGACCCCACUGCACAGCAGCUCAUGCAGCUGCUUCCUGAGAUGCAGGACCCCCAGGAGCACCCAGACUUGGACAGCAACCCCUUCAUGCCAUUCUUUCAGGCUGCCAAGAACAGGGAGCUAAACAUCACCAUCAUCUAAGAGCUGGCCAAGAAAUUAAAAAAGAAAAAAAAGUGAUGGGGUUAAUCUCCUACACAAUUCAUUUACUUCAUUCGAACGUUAGAGCCACUCAUGAUUGUUUGUGUUUCUAAUUUAUAGUUUACAUUU